GUGAACACGCGAAUGUGUGUGUGACGAAGAGCAAAGUGACACAUAGUUGGAGGUGUGGUUGAAAAUAUAUAGAAAUUGGGGCUUAUCUGAGACUGAAACGAACGGAAAUUGGUGUCAAAGGCGAGCGAGGAUCGCAACUGAAGAGCUUUACCAGGCAGCAAGGCAAAAGGACGAGCAGCGACCAUGGCAGGCAGGCUACCGGCAUGCGUAAUCGAUGUGGGCACCGGCUACUCCAAACUGGGCUUUGCCGGGAAUAAGGAGCCGCAGUUCAUUAUUCCCUCGGCGAUUGCCAUCAAGGAGUCGGCCCGAGUGGGAGACACCAACACACGGCGCAUCACAAAGGGCAUCGAGGACCUGGACUUCUUCAUCGGCGAUGAGGCCUUCGAUGCCACCGGCUACUCCAUUAAGUACCCGGUGCGUCAUGGUCUGGUGGAGGACUGGGAUUUGAUGGAGCGCUUUCUGGAGCAGUGCGUCUUCAAGUAUCUGCGCGCCGAGCCUGAGGAUCACUACUUCCUGCUGACUGAGCCGCCGCUAAAUACACCCGAAAAUCGGGAGUACACGGCGGAGAUAAUGUUUGAGACGUUCAACGUUCCUGGUCUGUACAUCGCCGUCCAGGCGGUGCUUGCCUUGGCCGCCAGUUGGGCCUCCCGGUCCGCCGAGGAGCGCACCCUCACAGGCAUCGUGGUGGACAGCGGCGAUGGAGUGACGCACGUCAUACCCGUGGCCGAGGGCUACGUUAUCGGCUCCUGUAUCAAGCACAUUCCCAUUGCGGGCCGUAACAUCACCUCGUUCAUCCAGAGCCUGCUGCGCGAACGAGAGGUGGGCAUUCCGCCGGAACAGAGCCUCGAGACUGCCAAAGCGAUCAAGGAGAAGCACUGCUACAUCUGUCCCGAUAUCGCCAAAGAAUUUGCCAAGUACGACACGGAGCCGGGCAAGUGGAUACGCAACUUUACAGGCGUGAACACGGUUACCAAGGCGCCGUUCAAUGUGGACGUGGGCUACGAGCGAUUCCUGGGACCCGAGAUCUUCUUCCAUCCCGAGUUCUCAAACCCCGACUUCACCAUUCCACUGUCGGAAAUAGUGGACAAUGUAAUUCAAAACUGCCCCAUCGAUGUGCGGCGCCCUCUAUACAAUAACAUUGUUUUGAGUGGUGGAUCCACGAUGUUCAAGGACUUCGGCAGGAGGUUGCAGCGAGAUAUCAAGCGAUCGGUGGACACACGUCUCCGUAUCAGCGAGAAUUUGUCCGAGGGACGCAUUAAGCCAAAACCCAUUGAUGUUCAGGUGAUUACGCAUCACAUGCAGAGGUAUGCCGUAUGGUUUGGAGGCAGUAUGUUGGCCUCAACGCCCGAGUUCUAUCAGGUGUGUCACACGAAGGCUGCCUACGAGGAGUAUGGUCCCAGCAUUUGCCGUCACAAUCCUGUCUUUGGCACCAUGACAUAAUUGAUCCGAUCCAAUCGGCUUGCAGCAGUUAUUUUUGAUUUAAUUUUCCAUUUGAAAUUUAAUUUGUUCUCCAACCGUAUAUAUAUAUAUUGCGUCUCGGUAUUCCACGCUAAA